AGGUUAUAUGCUGAACGGUUUGUGCGGAGCGCAUACUGUGCGUCAGUUGUCUGUUCUGACAGGAGAGAGACAUUAGUCGUCAGCAAAAAAAAAAAAAAAAAUUAUGGAGCUUGAAAACAAAAGAACCUUAAGAGAGCGAUGUACCCUCAGGCGGGACAUCAUCAGGGAAUUUUUGGCAGAAUUUCUGGGCACUUUCGUCUUAAUUCUUUUUGGCUGUGGUUCCGUGGCGCAGACCGUCCUGAGUAAGAAUGCUUCGGGGGAACUCCUGACCAUCCACAUUGGCUUUACUCUGGGAGUGAUGCUGGCCGUCUACAUGGCAGGGGGAGUGUCAGGAGGACAUGUGAAUCCGGCUGUCUCUCUGGCUAUGGUGGUUCUGGGCAAGCUUCCAGUGAAGAAGUUCCCAGUCUAUGUGGCUGCCCAGUUCCUCGGUGCCUUUGCAGGAUCUUGUGCAGUUUUUGGGUUGUACUAUGAUGCCUUUAUGGAUUUCACAAACGGGGUGUUUACAGUAACAGGCGAAAAUGCCACAGCAGGCAUCUUCUCAUCCUACCCUGCAAAGCACCUCUCAGUCCUCAAUGGAUUCAUUGAUCAGGUGAUUGGCACAGGGGCCCUGGUCCUCUGUAUUUUGGCUAUAAUUGAUGGAAAGAACAUUGGAGCACCAAAGGGCAUGGAGCCGCUGGUGAUUGGUCUGGCCAUUAUGGCUAUUGGAGUGUCUAUGGGGCUGAACUGUGGCUAUCCCAUCAACCCUGCCAGAGAUCUGGGCCCACGGCUAUUCACUGCCAUGGCUGGCUGGGGAACUGAAGUGUUCAGUGCUGGAGGAUACUGGUGGUGGAUCCCAGUGGUGGGGCCUAUGGUUGGAGGAGUGGUGGGGGCCGUUAUCUAUUUCCUCCUUAUCGAACUGCACCACCCCGAACCAGAAAAACACCCCGAGGAAGAGAACAACGUCAAAGACAAGUACGAGAUGAUCACCAUGAGUUAAACAGAGACAGAGUGUGAGAGGGCGACAAAGAGAGAGAGAGGGAGAGAGAGAGAGAGCAGACUUUAACCUCUGUCUGGAGUGAAAACCAACAGAACACCUCAAUGAACAUGCAGCAGUACUGCUAUCCUUUGCAUAUCUUUCUUUCUUUCUUUCUUUCUUUCUUUCUUUCUUUCUUUCUUUCUUUCUUUCUCUGAACUGUGACUGAUACUCUGUGCUUUUAUAGACCACAGACAUGCUUUUAUCCCAAAGCACAUAAAAAUUCCCAAUUUGCCAAGUGUAUUUCACAGACACACACACACACACACACACACACACACACACACACACACACACACACACACUCACACACACACACACGACAGUACCUGUUGUAUUUGUAGUCAUCUUCUUCAGCCAUAAUUUCUGUUUUGUGUACUUUUAUAAUUAAAACAUGGGGAAGGGAACUGGAAAUACAAUUGUUAGAUGACAACUAAAAACGAGUCAUUUACCUCGCUCGAGCAAUUCAUUUUUUGAGUUCUUAUGCAUUUACUCAAGUUCAUUUCUCUGAAAGUGAGACCGCGUUUGACUUCGCGGUAUUUGUCGGACACUGAAUAAAGUGUUGUUAGGCCAUUUCCUCAGUGUGACACAAAGCAUUUUCCGUCUGGUUUGGUUUGGUGAUAAGUGCUCAGCAUUUUCCUGUUACAAGAGCAGUGAUGUCUGUGGAAGCAGCUAGAGUGACUGUCGUGGCAUAAGCAUUUUCUAUUUCACUUGCAAGUUGUUGUUUUUUUUUUUUUUUUUUCUAUCCUUCUCUCCCUCUGUGCACCACAUCACAAAUGGAGACACACGUUUGUGUCCAAUUCAUGUCUUAUUUCACUGUCAUUAACCAUCAGAUAACAGUAGAAAUCACUCAGGCUUUUGCUGAAAGUGUGCGUGCCGAAGAGACCGGUAAAUACAGCCGCCUGGUAUACCAGAGUGCAUUAUAGUUUAGAUCAAUCCCUCUUAACCUUUGAAGUACCAAUAUUGCAUGUAUUACUAUGUGUGGCAAAAAGCCUGGCUCGAAGACGGAUUUGCAUUUUAAAGUGAGAGUGUUAUAUGUGUAGUUAUUUUCUGCUCUGCGGUUGCAGGAGUCAAGAGUUUGAAUCUCUCGUCUGGAAUUAAUUGAACAAAACUGAUCCUCUUUGGUUCAAUUACACUAGGUUGAAAUGACUGAUGUUGUGUUGGUAAGAUGGCCAAUUUAUUGUCACAGAACAUUCACAAAACUGUAAAGAUGAUUACCGCUCAACAAAAAUAUAUAUAUGUAUAUUGUUAGGUCCUUUAUAUGUGAUGCACUGCUGAUCCUUGUGAGCUGUGAUUAUAAGAAAAACGUGUUACCUGUAUAUUUGCUGUAAUUUGUAUUGAACUAGGGUCAACUGAACGUUCAGUUCGUAUAGAGUUAUAAAGAGAAGGUUCUCACCUGAUGUAAGGUAAUAGUUUAUCACAUUUUUUUUCUUUUUGGAGAAAAUGGUUCACUGUCACGGUUUGAAUUCUUCCAAUAUAUUUUCUUAUGUCAACAUUCCAAUAAUCCAAUAAGAGCUUUCUGCUGUCAUUAUUUAGGUUAUAUACAGGACAUUUUUCAUGAACUCAGAUGCUCUUUCUAAUCGUUUCAAUGCCAUAAGACAAAUAUCUAAAUACAGUUUAUUUCAUUAAUGCAACAAGCUAAUGUAAAAGCUCAGAUUUUAUGAUGCAAUUAAUGGAGACUGUACAGAAAUAAACAUUUGAUGUCAGUUCA